UCAUGGAGGUGAUCACUCCAAGGCAAGAGGGAAUCUGUCCAAUCCCUCCCCAAAGCCACACUCUGGGGGAUCUCCCUGGAAGAUCCAACUCAGGACACAUCACCAGGAUCACCAGCAAAGUUGUUGGUGCUAAAAGAAAUGUCUCCACUUGUGGUGGAGCAGAAACAGCAGCUGUGCCACCAGCUCAGGCCCCUGUAAUAUUUGAGAAGGUGGCUGUGUACUUCACAGAAGAAUGGGUGCUGCUGGAUUCUGACCAGAAAGUCUUACAUGGGGAAGUCAUGCUGGGGAACUCAAGGAACGUGGCCUCUCUGGGAGAUGAUGAGAAUUAUACAGAGGCAGAUCUGACAUCAUCGCAAGGAUUUGCACAUGACCUGGGAGGAGAGCAUCAGAAUCAAAUAGGACCUAAAAGGCCUGAGUAAAAGCAGUCGAACAGCAAAGAGGAGAAGCCAUAUCAAUGUUGAUGUGUGGAAGGAGUUUCAGGAAGAGUAGUUCCCUUACUUCCCAUCAAAGGAUCCCCUCGGGGAAAACCAUCUCAAUGCAUAGAGUGGGGAAAGAUCUUUAGAAUGAGUUCUUCCCUUAUCUCCCAUAAGAGACUGCAUAAGGGAGAAACCAUAUGAAUGCAAGGAAUGGGGAAGUAGCUUCAGUGCGAGUGGCCACCUUGCUUCCCAUCAAAGGAUCCACCGAGGGGAGAAACAUACAGUAAAUGCGUGAAGUGUGGAAAUAGCUCUAGAGACACGUUCUAUUUAUUAGCACAUAAAAAUCCACACAGCAUUAAUGUAAUAUAAAUGCAUAGAUAAAAUUUUACUCAGCACAGACAAUUUAUUUCCCAUAGAAGGGUCUACAUAGAGGAGAAACUGUUCAAAUACAUGGAGCGUGGGAAGAGCUUCAGGCUGAGCUGUUUCGUUAGUUCUCAAAGAAUUCACUCAGGAGAGAAACCCUUUAUAUGCAUGGAGCAUUGAAAGAACUUCAAGAUGAGUUGCUUCUUGCUGCUUCUAAAAUAACUCCCGUGAGGGAAUAAUCCUUUUAACUGUAUGAAAUGUGGAAUUCUGGGACUCUAGUUCUAAGGCAGUGCUUGAUAGGCAGAAAUGCGGGAUGAAAAUGCACCUGGGAAGAUUGAAAGAAGAAAUGGAAGGCAAAGGAUGUGGGAUAAGACAAGGGGUGGUGAGGUGGGGAGCAGCUGGCCCUUUAAAGAACGAACCAGCCUUGUGAGCUCAAAGAUAUGACACCUUCCCUGAGAGCCAGUAAUGGAAAAGAAGGUGGGAAGAGUUUUGGGGGUCUUCUGAGAGCAUUGGCUGGAGUCCUGGAUGAGGGGGUACUCUGGCAAAGCUGGAGACUGAGUUAUUUGGCUGUACCUAGAAUUGUGUUAGGGUGUUUUGGUUUUUAUCCUUUUUUAACUGUGUUCUGUAUGUGAAACUUUAUCUUCUUUUGGUACCUUUAAUAAAGUUGAUUUUGGUUUAAA